CAUGUCGCAUGUAGCCAGUUUGCUCGCCUCGGCUGUGAUCCCAGCGGUUUGCAAUAAGCUGGGUUCGGUCAUUGGGGAUGAGGUCACGAUGCUGUGCAGCUUCAAGAACGACCUCAAGGACUUGAAGGACACGUUGGAGUACAUGGAGGCGGCGCUCAAGGAUGCUGAGAGGCGAUCUGUCACGGAGGAAUUGGUGCGGUUGUGGCUCAAGCGGCUCAAGAACGCUGCCUACGACAUCUCUUACAUGCUGGAUGAGUUCCAAGCCAACAGUGAACCAACCUCCAGAAAGGUACAUAUAUGCCGAAUGUUUUCUCUGUUAAACAACAUGACAGAGUUGUAUGCGCCUGAGGACUUGGCUACCGAAGAUUGUAGUUUAGGAUAGACUAGGAGUUUGUUAUAGUUUAUAUUCUUGUUAUCUUGAAUAUCUAUCUCUAGUCUAUCCCUUGUUCUCCAAGAUUGUAAUCCCAACGACUUGUACGCUAUCAGGGAGGUCGCGACCCUGUCUAUAAACACGAAGCCGUCGGCCCUGGCAAAGGCACGACGUUCCCAGCC